AAUAAAGUGAAGAAAAGAGUGCAGGCAGGGUGGGGUGGGUGAAGAAAAGUGAUAGCAGGAGUGAUUUGUUAUAAAACGGGUUAAGUGUGUAAGUGAACAUUUAGAAGAUGGUGGUGAGUCCUGCUAUGUUGUAUGGUUUAGAGACAGUGGCAAUAACAAAAAGACAGGAAGUGGUUCUGGAGGUAGCAGAGUGGAAGCUAAGAUUUUCAUAGGGUGUGAUAAGGAUGGACAAGACUAGAAAUUAGUUCAUUAGAGGAUGCUUUGGGAGUCAAGGUUGAGAGAGGUAUAAUUGAGAUAAUUGGUUAUGUCCAGAGCAGAGACAUGUGGUAAAGUCAAGGGAUGGAAGAAUGCUAAGGAUGGAGCUGCCAGACAGGAAAAAAAGAAGAAGGCCAAGGAGGAGGAUUGUAGAUGUAGGUGGUGAGGGAAGACUUGCAGGUGGUUGGUUUGUAAGGAGUCAGAUGUAAAGAACAGAGUGAUUUGGAGAUAAAUUGCAAGGCUAGAUUAUUCUGUCAGUAAAUGCAGAUGAUUAGGUGAGUGAGGACCCAAAUGCAGGAUGCCACAGGAGUAAGGUAAAAACAGGCAUGAAUAUAAGGCAAACUGAGCAAAGGGGCAAGGCAAAAACAAAGUCCAAAAACAGUCCAGGGUCAAAACAGGUAAAUAGGGCAAUGCGGGGAAAGACAAAACCAAAAUGGAAAACACAGUCCAAAAAAUCAAAAGCCAGCAAACUGAGCAAAAUAGGGCAGAGCAAAACACAAACGAAAACCAGUCCAGAGUUCAAAACCAUAACCAUAGCAGAACAGGGGUCAGGAACAGGAUCAGAAACAGGAAUUCAGAGCAGGCAGAGUGACAAGAAAUAAUCCCAGGGACUUUAGGAAGCCAGCGCCGUGUGCCGGGAAGAUCCUGAUACAGCCAAAAGAAAGAAAAAUAGUAUAUUAUCUUUUUUUUUUUAUAAAGAUUUGUUCUGUUUUCUAAGAAAUAUAUCUGUUUCAAUAGGAUGAUUUUACAUGUAUUAUUAAAGAUUAUUAAAAAAUUGUAAUAAUUGUAUUUUUAAAAUUCACUCUGUAAAGUUUCUUUUUCUUCCUCUUUUGUUCAUUUUUACUUAUUGAACCCAAUCUAUAUUUGCCUUUCCAGUGUUGCCAUUUUUAUACUAUAGGUACAGUAAUAGUAAUAAGCCAGAAGAUAUUUCUGACAACAUAUACCCAACAGCUACCAAGUUCACUGGACACUUUUGAGAAUUAAAAAAACAACAACUUGAAUUUACCAAUUGGUAGAAGCUUCCAAAUCCUACAUCCUCUCUCCUUAAUGUUUUUCAUAGUUUCUGUUUUGUGUGUAUAAGCAUAAUUUUUUUUCCAGAAAACAAUACAGUUUUAACCUUCAGAAGGUCAGUCUUUAAAAUGGCAUUAGCUUAUUAAUGUAGUGUAAGGGAUUUUUGAAAGAUCAAAUCUAGCUACAGAGAAACUAACAGGAAGCCAAUAAACAGUGUUAUAGUGAUUGCAUUGUGAAGGUGUUGCUGUGUGGGGGAUAAGAUGCCACUUCUACUUCCUGUACAACAACAUUUUAGAUAGUCACAGAAAGUUGAUCUUAGAUUGGAGGCUACAGCGGAGAGUGUAGAGAUCGAGAUCUAAAAUACAUUGAAGGCUUUUUUGUAGAUCCAGCAUCUUUACGAGAGGGAACAAAAAGAAAGAUGAAUGAAGAAGUUUAUGAAAAUUACUCAGGAGCUUCUGCAGAUAGCAGGGCAGAUGAUCCAAAGGACAUUGAAAAUUCGUAUGAAGACAUAUAUGCAAAUAAAGUUCCAGAAACUCAAGUGACCAGAAGCAAUGAUGGAACUAUUUUAAGAAGCAAUAAUGGAAUUAUUUCAGAACCCAGCAGUUCAGGAUACAGAUGUUUCAGAGUGACUGUGUUUUGUCUGCUAAUGCUGGUUGUUUUCUUGCUGGUUGUCAUCACCAUACUGUGGGUCAAAUUUAAUAACCUGACUGUAGAAAGAGGCCAGUUGGAGACCAGUUUCAACAAUCUGACUAUAGAGAGAGACCAGUUACAGAGCAGUUACAACAACCUUAAUAUGGAAAAAAGUCAGUUACAGACCAGUUACAACAACCUGAAUAUGGAAAAAAGUCAGUUACAGACCAGUUACAACAACAUGGCUGUUGAGAAGGAACGUCUUUCUCAAAUGAAGAAAGACAUUACCACACCAGGAUGGAGAUACUUCAGCUCCAGCAUUUACUACAUCUCUGCUGAGAAGAAGAGCUGGAGUGAGAGCAGAAAGGACUGCCAGGGGAGAGGAGCAGACCUGGUGAUCAUAAACAACAGUGAGGAACAGGAAUUUGUUGAGGUGUGGAGAAGAAAUCAAGGUGUUUGGAUUGGUGCAAAUGACAGAGACAGUGAAGGGACCUGGAAAUGGGUGGACGGUACCACAGUAAUAAAUGGUUUCUGGAAUCCGGGUGAACCAAACAAUAAAUGGGAUGAGGACUGUGCUAUGUCUGGCUUUCACUCUGGGAACGGAAAAUGGGUUGAUGUUUCUUGUAACAACAAUUAUAUUUGGAUCUGUGAGAAAAAACUUAAUAUGUGAAAUGUUGCAUAUAAGUGAAAAACACAAAUGUUGAAUUUUAUUGCUUUUAUGUACAUACUGGUAGAAAGAGAAAUGAAGUGAAGCCCCAACCUGUUUCUAGGAAAAAAAGGUACGCUUGAUGACUAUUAUUGAUUUCUGUGAUAACACUGUAAAUCUCGAUUUUACAUAUUUCUGCUCAUAUUUCUACUUUUAUAUUAAAUCUUAACAUUAUAUAUCAAAUCCUAAUAUCUAAUCUUUCUUACUAAAAGUGCUUUAAAAGUUUUUUCUGAAUUUCUACAAAGUGAUUUGUAGAGUUUGUUUCUGAUAUUCAUGUUAAUGAGUCUAUAACAAGUAAUAAAUGUGUUUGCAGAAAAUGGGCUUGGUGGCAAUUUUUUUUUAAUUCAGGCAAAAAUUAAUCAUCCAUUAAUAAUUUUUCAAUUCAAGUCCAAAACAAUUUUUGUUAGGACUGGAAAUAAGAAAAAAAAAUCCCCAGUGUUAGAAAACAAGCCCCACACUCUCUUGAACCAGCUGAGGCAGGCAA